UACGAACACCUGCUAGGAAGAGAAGGAAGUUCCAAACAGCGGACGCUGUGGGCGUUGUGGACGUGCCGAACUGAAAUUCUGGUGAUGGGUCUAAAAUUAUAAGUGCCAAUAACUGGGAAGUGGCGGUUUCCAAGCUCUUUAGAACACCGAGCUCUUCUCAGCGCCAACGGUAUCCACAUUCUAGCGGUCCGCUUCCCUCCCUCAGCGCACCUUCUCGCAUCCGCGCCCUUAAAUAAUCCUCCCCGUCGACGUGCGUGUCACUCUCCGCCGCUCCGGCGAGAAAGAUCGUCUGCGAAGGCUUCGCUGUAAUCACGUAUGCAGUGAUCCGUAGUGCACUUCUUCUUUUGCUCCCCAGUUUAGUUUUAUUCUUCCCCUUUUCACUCAUUUAGCGAAUAAAUAUGGCGUUAUCCGUGCUUCGAAGAUCGACCGCCGCUGCUGCAUCGACCCUUGUUCGUCAACAGCUGAGAAAACCCAAUCUGGUCGCUGCCCUUGGCACUUCGGCCAGCAGACGGUCAGAGGAUGACUUUCGCAUUGUGGACUCUGUGGGGAAAGCCACUCUAAUUCACUACCUUAACCUGCCCAUGCCAACUGACAAGUCUCUCUGCACUUAUAUCUGGAUUGAUGGAACGGGCGAAAACUUGCGUUCGAAGACGCGCACGGUGAACUUUGUCCCAAAGUCUGUGGAAGAGCUUUCCUGGUGGAACUAUGACGGAUCUAGCACAUAUCAAGCCCUUGGCUCCAACUCGGAUGUCUUUCUGAAGCCCGCGGCCAUUUUUCCCGAUCCUUUCUUGAGGGGGAACAACAAACUAGUCAUGUGUGAAACGUAUAGGCCCAACAAAGAACCCACUGAGACGAACCACAGACAAAAGUGCGCGCUCACAAUGGAGAAGGCCAAGAGCGAGGACCCUUGGUUCGGUAUUGAGCAGGAGUAUACUUUCCUGGACACGAGCGGCAAGCCUUUUGGAUGGCCCCGCAAUGGCUUCCCUGGGCCUCAGGGACCUUAUUACUGCGGCGUUGGCACUGGACGUGUCUUGGGAAGAGAUGUUGUGGAAGCACAUUAUCGUGCCUGUUUGUACGCCAACGUCAACAUCACGGGCACUAACGCUGAAGUCAUGCCUUCCCAAUGGGAGUUCCAGUGUGGCCCAACUGGUGGAGUUCAUGCUGCAGACGAAUUGUGGAUUGCCCGUUACAUCCUGCAGCGCAUUGCUGAAGAUUUUGGUGUUGUAGUUACCUUUGAUCCCAAGCCCAUGACUGGUGACUGGAACGGUGCUGGUGCACACACAAACUUCAGCACAAAUGCCAUGCGCAAGGAAGGAGGAAUAAAGGCUAUCGAACAAGCAAUUGAGAGGCUAGCUAAGCAUCACAAGCGUCACAUUGAGGCGUACGACCCCAAGCAGGGACGAGACAACGAGCGUAGGCUCACGGGCCACCACGAGACCUCCAGCAUCCACGAGUUUUCCUCCGGAGUGGCCAACCGCGGAUGCAGCGUCCGUAUUCCGCGAGCUGUUGCGGAACAGCAAAAGGGCUACCUGGAAGACAGGCGGCCGUCGUCCAACAUGGACCCCUACCAGGUCACGGAGGUCAUCGCUCGGACCUGCGUUCUCGGGGAGUAGAAGAGCUGUUUCGAGGUUGUGCAUCGAGGUGUAAAGAAAAGAAAAAAAAGAAAAAGCAGGCUCGGAACAAUGAUCCAGACCAGAAGAUUGUGAUUGCGAGCUUGUCGAUUGUUUGGGUUUUGCAGUUUUGCGUAGGUUGUGUCGCGUAAAAAUUGUUGGAGGCAAGUAGUAGGCCGUCAAAUUGUUAAAAAAUUUUGAUGCAUACAUAUUUAUGCUGAAGAUAUUGCUAGUCUUGCAUGGCUUCAUGCAGUAAGUGUGGCAGAGUUUGUGCAGAACGAGCCGUUGUAAUUGUGUGCUCACGACAUGGGAGCUGUGGUUUGUAGCUAUUUUUAAGCGUGGCUGACAAGGUUCUCGAACGGAUGUCCCUAAUUCGGGCACGGGCGUAAUGUUUGGGCAUCGACAAAAGAGGGCUUCUCUCGUUUUUACCUGUUGACAUUCCACUUGUUUCCGAGACACCUGUUUCACUGUGCUGUUUAACUUGCGAAUACUUGGUGCCUGCGACACUUUUGUACAUUCAAAGAAGAAAAUCGUAUUUGUUUGCGCUUGCAUGACUUUUAUUUGGUUUUAUGGAGCCAACCUUCACCAAAUGACUUUAUUAAACAGAAGGAAGUCUUUGUA